CAUGAAGCAGUUUUGUACAUUUGUAAAACAUGAAGAUUUGUACUGUUGGUCUGUUCUUAACAUUAGCAGUCUUCCUCAAUUAUAUUGAAAAUUCAUUGGCCUGGCUAGGAAGAAAAAAUGGAAGAAUAGCUGCGGAGCCUUAUCUUCAUGUACCUAUUCGUUCUUACGAGGAUCAUGCUGAUCGCAUUCAUCACCUACAAGUAGGAUCAAACGUUACCUUAGGAAUAAGAAAACUAGAAGUAGAAGGAGUACGAAGUGAUUACAUCAUUGGAAUAGUAAAAUAUGGAGUUAUUCGUCCAAUACUUGAUGCUUAUGGCUUUAAGUUUAUAGUAUGCAUGCGUUCUUAUGAUACGUACGGACUACUUAAUACUAACGGCGUUCCUUAUGGACUUGAGCCUGAGCAUACUGUUGAUGCUAUGAUUACCGCUCCUUCGCCGACAGUUCACAAUUGAUUUAAAUGAAAAAUGAUUGAAUUUUUCAUAUAUUUAUAACAAUGCAUACAAAAUCAUUCUUAGUGAAAAAGUAAAACUAAAAUAUAAUUUUGAUUGUGGUCUGAGGUCAGUACAAAAAGUUUUCAAGUAUUGGACAAUAAAGUUAGAAAGUCAAUGUGUUUUGAAUUGCGGUUUAUCGUAGCAGUAUGAAGUUAUUAUAACGGUUUCAAUAUUUUUUUGCUAAUUUGUACUAACCUAGUAAUUAUUAACCUUCUAUUCAUAGUUCAUAAGCUAGAUUAUUCCGUCCAUAUGCAAAUUAUAUUUAAGUUUAUCGUCUUCUGAUAUAUGAAG